AUGUGCCUCAGAAUUGGUGAAGCAUUUGCGGUAUUGCAGGACAAACACAUGGCGGUGCUGUCGAAGAGCGCUGGCUGGAUUGUGGCCAUCUCCCGACACAAGGAGCAGAACAAGUAUUUUGACAAGCUGCUGCAAGAGAGCGCGGUCCGGGAAGCCAAAGAGCUGGUCGACAGCGGCAGGUGUGAGCACCUUUGCCACUUCAUCGCCUUGAAAUUCAAGGAGGACAGCAGCUUCCAGCUCUCCAACAACUUGAGCUGCGAGUGGGGGAUCGCCCACCGCCUGGACGUGGACACCAGCGGAGCCAUCAUGAUCGGAAAGACGGCCGAAGGCUUCCGGCACUUGCGGGAGGCCUUCUCCAGCCACGUGGUGUUCAAGGAGUACCUCUGCCUGGUCCACGGUGCUGUGAAGGAGAGCAGCGGCGAGGUGAAUCAGCCCAUCCUUUGGGACUGCGGCACCAACACCUCGUGCAUCUCUUCCUCUGGGGAUUGGGCGCAGACCUUCUUCACCCGAGUGGGCCACUACAGGCUGAAAGGCGGAAAUCAGGUCUUCAGCCUCUGCCGCAUCGUCAUUGUGACCGGCAGGACCCACCAAAUCCGCGUGCACAUGGCCUCCAUUGGACAUCCCCUGGUCAGCGAUGGCAAGUACAACAGCAAGAACAAGACCGAUCUGAUGUGGUGCCCGCGGAUGUUUCUGCACGCCUGGCGCCUGGGCUUCUACGACCUCUUCUACGCCUGGCAGGAGGUCAGAACCAGCCUGCCCUCGGACCUGCGCAAAGCGCUGAGGAUGCUCUCGGAGAUUAAGAUCGACGUCAUGCGGCCGGACGAUCCCUCUUGCCGGGUGAUCCAUGCGAGCCGCCCUCAGGAUGUGGGGACCAAGCGGAAGGCGGAAGCUUCCCCUCCGGAGGCCCUGGGGAUCACAGGAAUCCUCGUGAAUCCACAAGUCCUCAUGACACCGAUCUCUCCCUUGGGCAAAGCAGAGGAAGUGCAGAACAGUGAGCAGCGCCUUGACGGCGCCAUGGCCUGGCUACGCCUGGCUUGGGCCCAGGCCUGGCUCCUGCCGUGCGCCGCAGAGACCUGCCAGACAGGCUCCCGGCCUUCGCCUGCCAGCUUGGUGCCGCAUGCCGCUCCGAACGAGGGCGGCUCCGUGUUGCUGCACUACGAGGUGUGGAACGCCAGCAGCGUGUCCGUGGAGAAGGAGGAGAGGGCGCGGUAUCUCUGCGCUUCCCCGGGGAUGGCGCGGGCUUGCUGCAGGUGGGCCGCAGCUUUUCGGAUAUGGACGAGUACGUGCUGCGCCGGGUGCGUGUGA